AUGAAUGAAAAGCUGAAAAACGGUGAUCAUAAAAUUGACCUGGAGAAAGAAAACCGCCAUGGACAGAAGAGAUAUAUCUGUACUCAGUGCGGGAAAAGCUUCACUCGGAAAUCUUCCCUUAUUGUACAUCAGAGAGUCCACACAGGAGAGAAACUCUUCAUGUGUACACAGUGUGGGAAGAGGUUCGGUCUCAAGUCUUCAAUGGUCAGACACCUGAGAAUCCACAUUCCAAAGACUGGGAAUAUAUGUCCAGAUUGUGGCAAGUGCUUCCCUCGCUAUUCCAGCCUUUUCCAGCACCAGAAAGUCCAUAAAGGAGAAAGACAUUAUAAAUGCCAUAAGUGUGGGAAGGGUUUUGUUCACACAUCAGAACUUGUGGUCCAUCAGAGGAUACAUGAACGAAAGAGACGCGUUGUGUGUGCUGAGUGUGGGAAGAGCUUCACCCGGAAGUCUUCCCUUAUUGUACAUCAGAGAGUCCACACCGGGGAGAAACGCUUCAUGUGUGCGCAGUGUGGGAAGAGGUUCGGCCUCAAGUCUUCAAUGGUCCGACACCUGAGAACUCAUUCUCCAAAAAUCCUCAUCAUUUGUCCUGACUGUGGCAAGUGCUUUAGCCGCUACUCAAGCUUAUUUCAGCACCAGAAAAUUCACAGGAAGCAAAAAUCCUUUCAGUGUCCUCAGUGCAAGAAGAGUUUUCCUGGAGCAUCACAGCUGGUUGCACAUCAGAGAAAACACACAACCCUAAGGACAUUCCUGUGUGCCGAGUGUGGGAAAAGCUUCACCCGGAAGUCCUCUCUUAUUGUACAUCAGAGAGUCCACACAGGAGAGAAACGCUUCAUGUGUACACAGUGUGGGAAGAGGUUUGGUCUUAAAUCUUCCUUGGUCAGACAUCAGAAGGUUCACAGAAAAGUGAAACCCUAUAAGUGUUCUCAAUGUGAAAGGAGCUUCCGUCACACAUCACAGCUUAUGGUACACCUGAAAACCCACAAUAAGGAAAAGCCUUAUCACUGUAUUGAAUGUGGGAAAUACUUCACACGGAAAUCAUCCCUUAUUGUACAUCAGAGAGUUCACACAGGAGAGAAACUCUACAUGUGUACAGAGUGUGGAAGAAGGUUUUCAUUUAAGUCGUCUCUGGUCAGACACAUGAGGACCCACACCAGGCAGCCCCUUAAUAUUUGUUCUCAUUGUGGUAUUUAUUUCAGUCGCUAUCAAGAUCUGUCAGUGCAUAUGGAAAUCCAUAAUAGUGAAAAGCGCUUUCUGUGUGCCGAGUGUGGGAAAAGUUUCACCAGGAAGUCUUCCCUUAUUGUACAUCAGAGAGUCCACACAGGGGAGAAAAGCUUUAUGUGUACAAAGUGUGGGAAGAUGUUUGGCCUCAAGUCUUCUAUGGUCAGACACAUGAGAACUCACUCUUGA